GUGGUUGGUCAGUUGUCAACAACCUGGCUAAAAUCCCAGCGUCAGUCUGCCUUGUUUAACAACUUCAUCCACCAUGGACAUCAACAUCUGGCUGGGCAUCAUCCUGCUGCUGAUCUUACAAACUCACUUCGUUUUCUCAGACAAUGCUUCAGUUUUACACGGAAAAAAUUUACUUAGAACUGUGGAUGGAGUCAACAUCUCGGCUCAAGCUCUCACUCGGCGUGAAUUCAAAAUUACCGAUAACUUACAAACAUAUCAGCGACGUAUCAGGUUCGACGUGAAUUUUAAUAAACGUUGGCUCCACUACAGAAAUGGUUUUGGUACAUCUGCUGGGGACUUUUGGCUUGGACUCAAACAUAUGCAUAACUUAACCAAAAGUGGUAAAUGGGAACUAAGAAUCGAUAUGAGAUACAACAACGUCAACUACUACGCUCAAUACAGAUCUUUCAAAAUAGGAAGCGAAUCAGAGUACUUUCCCCUUCGAGUUUCUGGCUUCUCGGGCAACGUGAAAGACGAGUUGAAGAGACACAAUGGAUAUCGGUUUUACACGAUAGAUUACCCUGGGUUAACCCGAUGCGCUGCUUAUUAUUUAGCGGGAUGGUGGUUCCACAAUUGUCAUGACGUGUUCCUGAAUGGAGAGCAGCCAAGAAGGAGAAUGGCAGGCGGCAUACACUGGUACUCAUUGACUGGCGACAACAGCAAUCUUCAGUCAGUGGAGAUGAAAAUAAGAAAACAGUAGUGAGAAAAUAAAUUAUAUAGCAUUCAGAUAGUUCAAACACUCGGGCAUAA